GGCUUGGCCGCAAUCAGCUGUUCCACUGACAUUUCAUUGUUGACGUGCAGCUUUACAAUUUAAGUUUUAACAGACUUGUCAAAAUGCCACAAAUUGCGGAAACUGGCAAGGAAUUUGAUGUGGUCAAAUACUUCCUGCAGCUCCUGGAAGACAAGGAUAUGUCGUAUGGCAUAGCGGCCAUCAGGACGCUGCUUAUGAUACUGGAGAAGAAACAAUUUGGGACUAUCCACAUUCUGCACACGACCAUGAGGGAGGCGGUGGCAGCCAUGCGGAAUACGGAUUUGUCCAUAGCAGCCAUCGUGUCGGCCGGCGAGCUCUUCUGCCGGUUUAUAACGCUCAGUCUGGACGAUAAGCAUAUGGAAGAGUGCCGCCUGAUAAUGCUCAAUCGCGGUAAAAUCUUUCUGGACAAACUGGACAACUCUCGACAGGUGAUUGCAAAGCAAGCGCAACGAUUUAUUAGCGACGGCUGCCGCAUAUUGACACACUCCAGGUCCCGUGUUGUGCUCAAGGCUCUGAUUACAGCCUCGCAGAACAAAAAGUCCUUUCACGUGUUCGUCACGCAGGGCGGCACAGGAAACUCCGGGGAGGAGAUGAUCCGUGACUUGAAUGCGGCUGGCAUUGACUGCACUUUAAUACUGGACUCGGCCACAGGCUAUGUCAUGGAAUCGGUUGACUUUGUGAUGGUGGGGGCCGAGGCAGUGGUUGAGAGUGGCGGCAUCAUAAACCGCAUUGGUAGCUACACUAUGGGCCUGUGUGCGCGGGAGAUGAAAAAGCCCUUCUACGUCCUCGCGGAGAGCUUCAAGUUCACGCGUCUUUAUCCAUUAAAUCAGCGCGACCUACCCAAUGAGUACAAGUACUCGCGCAAGCAUCUGAACGAUGUGUCCAAGGUGCACCCCCUGGUGGACUACACACCUCCGGUGUACAUUACGCUGCUCUUCACGGAUCUGGGCAUACUGACGCCCUCGGCAGUGAGCGACGAGUUGAUCAAAUUGUACAUGUAAAAUAAACAAUAAAUGCACAUAUGUAUGUACGCAUAGCAA